GGUGUUCUUUGGCCAUUGUUUGACAUUUAGUUGACAUUAAAUUUGUUUUGUUGUGCCGAAGAAAUUGGAAACCUAAUUUAUGAAAAAAACACGUGGCUUUGUUAUUUAGUCACAUAACCAGUGUUUUUCUACAUAAAAAUAUAAACUGUGAAUAUACUUGGAUUUAGAGCACAAGUAUUCCUAACCUUACAAAAUAUCUAAACGCACUUAACCCUGUAGACUAGUAGUAAUAAAUAUGGAGUUUUUCGAAAAAGCUCAUGCACCCUUAAAUGAUGAUUCCAAGAAAGACAAAAAACCAGAGGAAAAAAUAAAGAAAAAACUUAAGCAAAUGUUAUAUGGAUACAAGAAAAGUGACAAUGAGCUUAUUAGAAAAUCUGAAAACGUAGAGGAGUCGGAUUCCACUUCAGUUAGCGGUUUUUCUGAUUUAAAUCUUUCAAACGCUAAUUCAGAUAAUGAGACUACGAGAGCUACAUUGGACAGUAGUGAUCUGGAUUCAAUAUCUAAUUUAAUUGACAGUAAUGAGGCUUCAUUAAUUGAAGGUACAUAUUCGCCGACGAGAGACGUAAGUGAAGAUGUUUUGUCUAAUCCUAAAAGCGAAAGAGAAUCUUCAUCUGAAUUGCAUGAAGAAAAUGACACGGUUUUUACCUUUGGUUCAUCUAAUAUUAGUACUACUGAGACAAAAUCUGAUACUGAAAGUUCCACUCCAUUUGAUCCUGAUGGAGUAUUGGCUGGAAAAAUUCGCAAUAGAUUAUAUACAGUCAAAGUUCCUCAUGAAAAAUUAAAAAGAAAAAUGAUUGACAUUGAAGAACAUUCAAGAAUCUCUACUUGUGAAACAGAAGAAUUAAUUGAACCUAAAAUAUCAAAAAAAGAAAAAUAUGAUGCAUUCACAUGUGAAAAUAUGCAGUUCUUUGACUAUGCAGAUGUUAAAAGCAAUGAUAAUAAAGACAGAGUAACUUACACAGUCAAGCCAACCUCAACAUUUGUGUCCAUUACAUCUAAAAAUGCUAAAACUGAAAAUUUUGAUGAUAUUAUGGGGCAUUAUAGAAAUGCUACGGUUAAAAACAUUAGUCAUGAACGUCACAAUGCAACAUUUUCUCCUUUUAACAUUUCGGAUGAUGAUAAUCAUGAUAUACAAGUUGAUAGUUCAAUUUCAGAUUUAGGGGUAGAAGUGACUGUUAGUAAUAGUAACUUGUCAGAAUCUAUAGCUGGGUCAGAAGUUCAAAAUGAUAGUGUGAAUGAUAACACUAUUCAAUCCCCAAUGAUGACAGAAGAUUUAACUUCCGAUGAUGGGGUAUGCUCAACUGAAAAAUAUAAAAUCUUUCACGGUGAAGAUUGUGUUAUUGUAGUGUUGAAACAUCCUUCAGAAUUGUUCAUCCAUGGGAAAGUAAUUGUUAAAAAAUUAGGAGGAUGCGCUCAAAUAUAUGGAUUUAAUUUAGGAAAUAAACCUUACUUUGUGUAUGCUCCGUUUUAUAAUUUUGCGCACUGUGUAAGAACUCUGCAGGGUACAAAUAUUCAUACCGGAUUGUUUGACAGUUUGACUGCAAAAGGAGUGUCCAUAUCUGAGGCUGAAGAGAUUGUUACGGAAAUCGGCACAUAUGAUGUAGUUUUAGCUUUAGAAAAAUUGUACAGUACAGAAUUAGAAUUUUCAGAAAAUCACUUCAAGGCUUGCAACUUGUUUAAUAGAACUGCAGAAAAUGUUCCCUUAAACUUGAAAAGAGCCUCAGAGAUGCUGGGCUGUUCAUUGUAUCCGGAACAGCCAUACAAACAUUUUCAAGAAAAUCCAAAUUGGCAAGAAGCAGCUAGAUUUGGUACAAGUUCAGGAGAUACCAGUAUAGGUAUGGUUUGUGGAGGUAAAGGUAGUGGGAAGUCGACAUUCCUGCGCUACUAUGUGAACCGGCAGUUAUCCUGCAGCGCUGGACCCAUACUCGUUGUAGAUUUGGAUCCGGGACAAUGUGAAUUCACUAUAGCAGGCAGUAUAUCUGCAACGGUUGUCUUAGACUUAGAUCCACUCCUAGGACCUAACUUUACACAUCUCAAGAAACCUAAUGUAAUGCUGAACAUUGGAAUGAUAAACCCUAUGGACAAUCCAAAGCGUUAUUUAAAUGCCGUAGACCAGCUGAUUGCCGAAUGCAAAGACAAUGAUAUUAUGUGCAAUAUACCUUGGAUCGUCAACACAAUGGGCAUGUGCAAUGCCAUCGGUUUGAAGUUCAUCUCCUACAUCAUACUACGCAUUCAACCAACAUUCCUACUGCAAAUAGAAUUACAGAAUAUGAAGAAAAAUUUCCAAUACCGUUUGACAUCACAAAAGGUUGAAGAAUUAUAUGAGCAAUAUAAACAUGACAAGUUUUUUGCUAAUCUAUCACGACAGGAUCCACUGUCGUAUGCGUAUGUAGUAACUGGGGCAGAGACAUUCCGCACAAAUACUAACUCUGAUAAUAUGACUUUAGCUGCAAGAGAUCAGAGGUAUCUUAAUUUAUUAUCUUAUUUUGGAGGAAUUGCUGAUUACACUUCAUCACUGCUAAAUAUCACCCCACAUUCAGUCAGUUUACAAGAUUUGUACGUCGCGACAAAUAUCAGAAUUCAUAGGGACUCAAUAACCAAGGUGCUGAAUGGAAAAGUGGUAGCGCUUUGCAAACAUACUGAUAAGACUGCCAAAGUGUUUACAUUGACAGAUAAACCUCUGCUCUGUUAUGGACAUGGACUCAUUCGUGGUAUUGAAAAUGACAUUUUAUAUGUAAUCACUCCAGUAUCAGCUGACAAUCUAUCUCUAGUCAACGCUGUACUUUACACGGAUUGGAUGCCGGAAUUAAGAGGUCAGGAGAAAUAUCUCCCAGAAGGUACAAUGGUGCCUUACAGAAUGCUCAGCCAGUACCAACAGAGACAACUCAUUUCAGCACCACGAAGAAGAUUUAAUCCAAUACAACUAUUAAAAAUGUCUAAAAACUCAUAGCUUCGAAAUUCAACAUUCAAUUAAUUGUGAUUACUAAUAUGUUUGUUCUGAAGAUUAUGUACAAAGUAUGUUGUGUAAGUGUCGAAAAUAUAAGUUAUACAAGAAAGUCUUAUUUACUUUUUUUGCCUAUA